CUAAGGUAAGAAUGAAAACAUUUGCUACAAAAAUCUUGAAUGGACAUAAAAUUAAAUAAUACAAAAACUUCAACUUGGGGAAUUACAAUGUAUAUUUGACAGUUUAGUUGUCUCUUAUUCUAGAUAUACCUUUAUUGAAUGGUAGAAAAGGACAGAAAGAAACAGAACGAUUAUAAAGUUGUUGAGGUUUCAAUUGAAGAAUAGAAUAGAAGAGUUAAUAACUAAAAUGAAAGCAGCCUGCAUUAUUCUAUCAGGUAUCAUUGUGGUUGCCAUCAUGGCAGUUUGUGUUAUGGUCAAGUUUGCAACAGACAUAAACGUAGAAGAAAAGAAUAGAGUCUACUUGAACGGAGGAGGUGUUUAUAACUUGGCAAAAUCUAUGGGUAUCAUCGCUUUAGAUACCAACUCUUCGAUGUUGAUCGCCGAUAGAUUUCCUUACGUCGCUGCUGUGACCAGAAAUUCGUCAUCCAAAUGGUCUUUUGCUUGUUUCGCAUCUGUUAUACUAGUUAAAUGGAUUGUCACUUCAGCUCACUGCAGGAAACAGGGUGCUAUGCAUCGGGUACUCUUAUACCAUGACUUUGCAAGAAACUACACUCACACUUAUCCAAUUUUAAUUUGGAGACUGCACGAGAAAUAUAAUAGCAGUCAACCAACACCGAAAUAUGAUAUAGCAGUUGCGAAAUUGAACGUAGAUUCGUAUCCUAUCACGAUGAAAUCUUCUUUAUUAAAUGAGAGUCCAGUUAAGGAGGUAGAGGCAAGUGUUUGGAAGACUGUCUCCACGAUGGACAAGAAGAUGUUCCUGACCAAUGACUUCGAUAAGUUUGAGGUAUCUUUAGUGCCAAAUGGGCGAUGUUUUGAGACGUAUGGAGUAGAAUUGGAUGACUCCUUGUUGUGUGUUGAUAUGGCUGAACAUGAGGACUGUUUUAUUUAUGAGUUUGGGCCGAUUUUUGAUGGAGAUAGAGUGGCUGGAUUGCUCGCGGUGAAACCGAGGGAUUGUGAUGUGAAACUAGCUAUAUUUACUAACGUUUCUUAUUAUACUAAUUGGAUCUUGAGGUCUACACACGCUGGUUAUUAA